CAGUGCAGCCUCCGCCUCCAUUUCCGUCAGGGCGUCCACCAUUUGUCGCUUCUCUUCUCUGCAGUCCAUCGUCACCACCAUCCACCUCGGCUUCCCCCUCGCGUUCGCCGCGGACAGCGCCUCCGAGAUGGAGCUCCGCCUCUGCCUUCGUCUCCACGCGCGCCUCCCACCAGCCACGACGCCGCCCCCGCCGCCUUUCGCGGCGCCCGCGGUGCUCCCCGCGUCCCGCCGAAUUCGGACUGGUGGGAGCUACGGGGUUGCUCUUCGGCGGCCCACGAGGCGUUCGAAUCCGGCGAUUCGCGCUUCCGAAGCCGACGGCGCGCCGGGUGUGGCUGUGAAGGAGAGGAGCGUCUCGGUGAUCCUCUUGUCCGGAGGGCAGGGAAAGAGAAUGGGGGCAAGUAUGCCGAAGCAGUAUCUGCCACUACUGGGACUACCAAUUGCAUUGCACAGUUUGAAAACAUUCUGUCAACUGAAGGAAAUGAAAGAAGUCGUGGUAGUGUGUGACCCAGACUAUAGUGAUGUAUUUGAAGGUUCUAUUGAGAACUUGCAAAUACCUCUUAAAUUUGCAUGCCCAGGAAAAGAGAGACAGGACUCUGUUUUUAAUGGACUUCAGGAAAUUGAUGGGGAUUCGGAACUUGUUUGUGUCCAUGAUUCUGCAAGGCCCUUAGUUUCUUCUGAAGAUGUAAAAAAGGUCUUACAAGAUGCUGCUGUGCAUGGGGCAGCUGUUCUUGGUGUGCCUGUGAAAGCUACAAUAAAGGAGGCUAAUAGUGAUUCUUUUGUCGUAAAAACCCUUGACCGGAAAACUCUAUGGGAAAUGCAAACUCCACAGGUUAUGAAGCCUGAUUUACUCAAAGCUGGUUUUGAGCUUGUUAAACGGGAUGGCCUUGAAGUCACCGAUGAUGUAUCCAUUGUAGAAUAUCUCAAGCACCCUGUCUAUAUUACGGAAGGCUCUUACACAAACAUUAAGGUGACCACUCCGGAUGACAUGCUUCUGGCUGAGCGCCUGAUGAGUGGGAAAUGAUAGGCAAAACUAACUGUUUGCCUGAUUUUACAGACAACUUUGAUUUUGUAGUGCAGCAUUCAUCAGCACUUAAACAUUUUUGAAAACUAGAAUAAUUAUGGAGCUAGUACACGAGAUAGCUGACCUCUUUGUAAACAUUCUUUAUAUAUCAAUGAAAAAUGGGGUAAGGUUUUCUGCUGAAUUCAUACUUUGGCAGAACAAA